AUUGCAUAAAUUAUUUUUUUUUAAAUCGAAAGUAAUCUUUACCAUUUAACAGCGUCAUGACACAUGCAUUGUUGUAAAAUGUAUCGAAGUCAACGCCUAAACUAGUUUUUAAUUUACCAACGUCACGUGAAUGUAUUUAUUUAUCAUUAAUUGCAAAUAAACUCUUAACAUACUAACAUUUAUAAAACUCUAGGCAUCUCAGUGUUGAACAGCGACCCCAAGGAACCACUACUCGUCUCACCAUGCCAUCACUUACCUCCCAUGUUAUGACACUUCUGUUGGGUGUUGGGUGCCUCAUCGUUUUAGCCAGUGCCACGCUGAGGGGGCAAACUGUUACAACGAACACCUGUGUUUGCGUAACAGAAGAUGCACCUCUGUACAACAGAGGUACGUUGUAACAUGUUGAUACCACAUGACAUACAUGUCAUGAUCUCGUCCACUCGUUAAAUCUGUUUCUGCACCCUUCCUAUUUACAACCUAUCGACCUGGACUUAAUUUUUCUCUCUUUCUCCCCUCUUUACCUAUAUUAAAUUUCUUACCGAUUGUUUACGACAUUACUUUUGCUUUCCUCUCGGAUACAACAAUUCACCUAAUUUUUUUAAAACAUGUUUAAUUUAUGUUAAUCUUUGUUAGUUUGCUGAAGAAGGCGUUUAGCCGACACACUCGUCGUUUUGUUGCAUCUUCCCCCCCCCCCCCCCCAAGUUUUCCCAUUCCUUGUUUUACAUAUUUCCUACGCUAAAGAAACCACGUGACGUCAUUUGCUCAAAAUAUUUGUCUUACUGGAGAGUUCGUUCAUCACACGUUUAUGUGUGGCCAUUUUGUCAUCAACUUUGUGUAUGGCUCAGCCUCCUACUACUGGUUAUUGACAUCGUGUUCAGAAAUUAAAUGUUACAUUUUUAGCACUAUACACGGUAAUUUUUUUCUUUUUUUCAAAAUAAUUAAUAGCAUCUUUAAAAAAAUGUGUUGUUAAAUAAUUUCCUUGAUUAAUAAAAUAGUAUUGUAAAUUAAAAAUCUGCAUGCCUACAAAUGAUUGUUACAGUCAUUAUUAUUCCAAGGGUAAUAAUUAACCCGUAACCUGCGCUGAAUGUUUUUAAUUAUUCUUUUAGAGCCGAGGGCGAAUGAAAAGUUGAAAGGAGAUACGAUUCAAUUAUUAUCGUUCAUUCCGAUACGUAACUCGUUGUGGCUGAUUGAAAUAAAACUUAAAUAUAAUUGUACACUUAAGUGUUAUGUUGACUCAAUCUUCUGAUGCCUUAUGUAAAAUCUGCAACUGUGAUCAUUUUCAUUCGUGACAGCUGGCUACCAAAACUCCGUCAAACGGUACUUGGUACGUGGCAUAUGUGGAUUGGCCACAGGUGAGAACCUGUCGAUUUAUGGCGAGACGUGGUUCAGGAUUUCAACAAAUGGCGAGGUAGGUCAAAUUAUGUGAUUAUCAUAUGUUAAGCAUGUAAUCUUUUUUUCUUGUCUAUAUUUAUAUUUUAAUAUAUUCGCAUUUUUUAAAGAGAAAAAAUAAACAUAAGCCUUUCGGUAGACAAACACACACACAUACACACACAUAUAUAUAAAUAACGACAGUCGCCUCGGGUCAUAAUCUGUCGGUAGUUGAGCAUUUCCCAUACCUUGGAUCCCAUAUCUUUAGUUUAUUCUCCGCUGAAGAAGAGGUGAACAUCAGGAUCGCAAAAGCACCAGCAACUGUGUAAAUUGAGUAAGCGGGUGUGGAAUAAUCUUUUAAAAGUUGAAAGCAAAAAGACUAAGUGUCUAUCAGGUUUGUGUGCUUAGUACGCUCUCAUAUGGUAGUGAAGUUUGGACCACAUAUGUGAGUCAUGAGCGGAAACUCAACAGCUUCCAACAAAUAUCUCUGCGUCGCAGUUUGUGCAUUCCGUGGCAAGGCAAGGUGCCGAACACAGAGGUCUUCGAACGUGCCAAAUGUGUAGCAUGCUCUCCGUCCUUAUCAAGAGACACCUUCGCUUGCUGGGCCAUGUAAGGAGAUGGAGUAAAGUCGCGUUCCAGAGGAUCUGCUGUAUGGAGAGUUGGCAGAAAGGGCAAGACUUUUCGGACGGUCGCGGCUGUGAUUUAAGAAAGCACAUACUAAGUAAACUAUUGAGAAACCUAUAUCAAACAGUACUUGGCGAUAUUUCACUGUAAUAGCGUACGAGACAUUAACAGCCAUUGGUUGACUCCCAGUUCCAGAUAUAGCCAUAAGCUAAAUAGGCUACAGCUCAGGUCCUCGCAAUCUGCCAGCUAUAUGUAUUUAUAUUUUUCUUUGACCAGCUGAUGUAAUUUAAAAGUUUGGCUCCUCAUAAUGAACCAGUCAGAGCUAAGCCGAAGAGUGAAUUGGGUUACUCCUACAUCGAGCAUUCCAAGAACAAUCUAUUUUAAAUACAUUCAAGAGAUAUGGCUUAUGAAUUUUUUUUUACUAAAAAGCAAAUAAUUUUAUAUGAUAAAUAUUUCCAUGGCGUCAUCUCUUGUCAUUUACUCUAGUCAUAUGUUAACAAUUUCUUGUGAAAGGAUACUCUGAUGUUUGAGCUCUUAUAUGUUUUAGUUCAGAUGUGUUUGAGCUCUAUGUGUUUUAGCUCAUACUUAUAAAAUAUAUGUUUUGGUGUUGCGUUAAAAUUUGGCUGACCAUGAUUAACUCGAUUCAUAUUGUUUCAAUAACACCGUCACCAAUCAAUUUUGAAGUCUCUCAAAUUCAGUUCAUGAACAUUGACACAUCAUUUCUUUAACUCUCAACAGCUUAUGUGGUCAGCUGGACGUUACUUUACAAAAGCGCCCGAAGGCAGAACUCCCGGUAAGUAGAAAUGCAUGUAAUCAGGACGGAACAAAAAAAGAUCUUAAAAAAUUACAAUAUAAAUUUCCUUUUUAAAAAAUAAAUAAAUUAAUUGUUACUCAAUCACCAGUUGCGUUUUAAAAAACAAGAACAUAAAAGAAAACAACAGCUCUAUCUUAUGUCAGGCAUUGCUCAAUUUCAAUCUACAGAAAUGUAUUAAUAUUAUUUUAAUGUAAAAAAAUAAUACAUAUUAUUUUAAGUUUAAAAAACCAUGCAAACUAUGUAGACAAUUCGUAUGUUGAGCUGUCUGGUAUAGAUUUGUUUACGUGCAUACUAGCAGUACUUUUAACUUUUAUUUAACUUUUAAUUUUAAAAAAAAAAUUAUUUUCGGUCAUGUCUUUAGAAAAUAAACAUAUUCUCCAAAACGUUACAAGUCUCGUAACUAUGGCAAUUGUGUAACUGAAAUUCCCGAUAAAUAAAACUGUGGCCAUAAUUUGCAUAAUUUUCAUACAGGUUUUAAAAAACAGGUUGGGUCCAAUGUUCCCUCUAAGGGUUGUUGGUUCGUGUGCAAAAUCAUACAGUUGUGUGCAAAAUUUUAAAGCCCUUAACACAAACACACUUAUAUGGAAAUUUGCUGCGCGAGACUCAAAACUGCUGCGUGGCGUCUGCGAAAUAGCUGCGCGGCCGCGCAGCCACGCAGCUUAAAGGGAACAUUGGUUGGUUCUUGAGCAAUCUUCUACGAUUCUGUCCUGUCAGAAUAUGACAGGCGAUGUCUUUAAUCUCGCGACUCAGGCAAGCAGCGACAGCUUCUGCUUUUCUCGUUCAAGAUGGCGGUAGACCGGAGUUGCACAUAAAAAAUAUAUUUAAAAAAUUGUUGUUUGUAACAGUAACAGGUAACAAGCGGUGUCUACACUGGCAAACCAUAGGUCAAGGUCAUGAUGGGUUGCCGUUGGCUUCACGGAUAUUAGUCCAGACCUAAAGGCUUGGAUUAAGUGUAAUAUGGAAUCCUUCUUGAACUCUAACAAAAUUUAAUUUUAAUAUAUGUAUGAACAAUAAUUUAAUUUGUAUUUUUUUUCCCCCCAGAUGCCUGCAAACUGCCGUAAAGAGUUGUGAGGUGCAAUACCGUAAACAUUCUAAACUCAGUUAGAAAAAAAAACAACCAAAUAAUAAAAUUAAAAUAAUUACAUCAUUCCAAAAAUGUUUUACUGUUUUUCUCAAUAUGUUUGUGAUCUAUAUAAACUGGAAGGGAAGAAACAAAAUUUAAAUAAUACGCAGGUCUAUAACUAUUUAAAAGCCUUUACAUUACUUCGCGUUUGUUUGUAGCUAGCUGGAGGACACAACUUUCGGACGACUAAUUGACCCACUUCUCGUCAAACCGAUAGAGCUGAAACUUGGCACAUAGACUCAUUGCCGAUAACAACACAUUCUUUCAAAUUUGAAGACCCAACCCAAACCGCCAAAUAGAACUUUUUCCUGUUUUUCAAAAGAAACAUGAAAAAAAAUAGGAUUCUUUAAGAAAAACAACAAUAUCGCAAGUGCGUUUGGUGCGUAAUAUUUUCUUGUGUUUUUCUGAAACAGUUGGUGAAACAAAUCUGCGGUGUGAAAGCGGGUGUGUCAUUAGAAUUUAAUAUAGUUUCAAGGGUGUGAAAAAAUGUAUGCUUGCGAGCCUGGGGGGGGGGCAGUAAUUGUGAUUUUUAUUAAGUAUUACUUGCAGGAUUUCUUUCAGCUAUAUCUCCGGGGAGGGGGUGAGUUCCCCCGGGAAAAGCCAAGUGCCCCCCCCCCGAGGAAAAAUAUGUCCAACAAUAAACCCACUGGCACUGCCCCCCCCCCCCUUUUCCGAAAAUCUGAAGUGCUCCCCGGGGGAAAAUUUCUGAAAGAAACACUAAUUAUUUGUAUGCACUUUUGGUCAAAUUUUCAGCCCCAAUCCCCAUUGCUCGAUAUUAAAUUUUUAUAAAGGAUGUAUACUGUAAUCUUUGCUUUUAAGGACUGUUGAAUUAAAGAUUACUUUUUAAUUAAGCGAUAAAAUAAUGUUUAACGUAUGUCCAAUAGGGGAUUCACGGAAAUCUUCGUGUUUUCGCGAAGUUACGGCAAAGUGUGAGGUCACUUAACUUCCUGUUCUAUAAACAUUUAGACAAUGUUCGUUUUUUGUUUAUUUUCGGCCCUUCUAAUAGACACAAAUUCAAG